AUGCUUUUCAAGUCUCUUGCCAUUCUCACUGCCGCCACCGCCGCCAUUGCAGCCCCCGUUGCUUGCGGUGAGCAGCCCGCCUCCAACGACCAGAAGGAUAACCACAAUGACACCCCCAAGUACGUCCUUAACCUGUUUCCUGGAGCCGGCGUCACCGGCAUGAAGCCCCUUCAGGUCCGAGGAGAAAACAUUGUCUGGGGCCUGACCCAGGGCUACUCCAACUUUACCGUUGACUCCAUCGGCGACGCUCUUGCCAACGUCAUUUCUGACGGCCAGCCUCCCAAGGAACUUUACGUUGCCGACAAUGGUCAGCUUGUCGUCAACGAGCAUCCAGCCGAGACCGGUAAGGGCUACAACGGUGGCUGGGGCUUCUCCGGUGACGGCUCCGUCAAAGAGUUCUCUUCUUACGGCACUAAGGAGUUCUACUCUUGCGUUUCCAACGACGACCCUCUUCACGGAGGAAACGAUGUCUACGUUUUCAACGGCAAGUACGCCUGUGACAAGCCCAACAAGUUCACCAUUGGCGCAACCAAGGAGUAG